AUGAUUAGAAAUGGAAAUUCUUGUUUUGGACUUCAUCAUUUGUCAGUGGCAUUGGAAUCUACACCACAUUGUUCCAGGCCGUUAUCAUGCCUUUUCCUUUCACUUGGUUAUGACCUAGCAGGUUUUAAAAAGAUAUCAUUAUACCUUCUUGAAGGCAUUACUCUCCCUGAUAUUGAUACCAUUCCAUUGGACUGUUUUAAUUCAGAUCAACAGCCUGAUGUACCAAAAAAGCUCAAUGGGUUAUAUACUCCACUUAGGAAAAAUUCAUUAAGAUUAAAAAUUUUUAAGGUGCACAAAGUAGUCAAAGAUAUCAGAAUCACUCUUUCGGUCCUUGAUGAAAACAUUGUUUGCUCAGUUUUGGAUAAAGCUUAUUUUUCGGUUUUGAUGCUUGUUCCAAUUUUAGAUCCAUAUGCUGAACUUGUCCAGGAUGAAAAGUAUUUAUUGACCCUUUUUGAAAACAGCUUCCUGAAACCGUUGGAAGUUUGUUCUGUUAGUGAGAUAAAGGAUGCUGUUUCAUUAAUUUCCUUGUCUAAGUAUACCACUGAUAUGGUUUCUCAAGCAAUCAUGAUAAAAGUGGUGCAAAGUUUUCUUGCACUGUUACAGUUUCAAUAUGAAUCAGCCUUUCAAGGUUUAAAUUGGGUCUUGGAGUUUUGUUCAGCACUCUGUAAGAAACAAAAAUAUAGAAAAAUACUACCAGAACGUGAAAUGAGAUGUGUUGCUUUGUUAUGUUCUAGAUCUUAUAUGAGAUGCACCAGUAACGUUAUUACACUUGAUGGGUUGAGCCAAAGAAUUUUUUCUAUCUUGGAACUCAGUUCCAACAUUUCUAUUCAAAAAGAACUUUUAUCAGGAACUCUGGAUCAUUAUUUUUUGACAUUGGGUCUUCUUUAUCAAAAAAGGGCUAUUUUGUCUUCAGAAGAGUCACAUGAUGGAUACCUUCAAUUACUGAGAGAUUGUUUGGAAGAGAUGAUUAGAAAAUUCGUCAUUGCAAUCAACUUGUUGUCAAGCGAUGACGGUGUGUUGUCGCGAUUGUAUGAAGAUGUAUUAACAGGUUUCGUUUUAUAUGGUGGUCUUCAUGUGAAAGUCUUAUGGGCCUUCAAGUUUUUGAAAGAUUAUUUCACAUUAGAAACAAAUUUACAUGAUUGUCCUUAUACGGGCAAUUACUUGGAAAAUCUUUCAGAGUUUAGUGCCAUAAACAAGAAUAUGAGGUUUCAUUUGAAUGAUAUUGUCAGUACACAAGGUUUCCUUAAAGGUUUUGAUAUUAACUAUGAUUUGAUUGAUGAUGAUUCAACUACAAUCUUUUUGACUACGAGUGCCCUUGUUGUAAGAGAGAAUGACACAUUGACGAUGGUGAAAUUUGUUAAGGAAACGUCGCCUUUAAUAGUCAAAGGUCAUGUUAGAGAACGGAUUGAUAAAUCAAAUGAAUUCAUAGAUCUCUGGAUUAGUUCUUAUAAAAACUACAAUGGACAAAUUCCCAAUGAGGUCACCGAUUUUUUCAAAAAAAUAAACAUUUAUGUCACAUAG